GUCCAAUUCGCACGCCUUUGCCUCGAGUUCUUGGUUCCACCCGCACCAUGUCAACCAUGGCGAUACCAUGGCCUCGCUCGUAUACCCCUCUCUUCAUUUUCGAUGUUGCCUCAGUUUCCGUGCUGCUAUUACUUUCGUUUUCCGUUGCGUUUGUUCGAUCUAACCCAACAACGAAAGAUGCAGCGCCGACCGAGGUCACGCCAGUCCUCGUGUCACAAUUAACGCCUAGGCGAGUGCUCAUCCGUACGCUGGUAAGUUUGGCGGCUGCGACAUACGCCGCCGAUGCCGCAGUUGCUAUUUUACGAGCAGUGCUCGCCGGCGUUUGGGACAGGCCUGGUCCCUUGGGUCUUGCGAGCUACUUGAUUGGAUUGGUGGCUUUCAGUACACUCGCUAUUUUGCUCGCAUGGAAAGACUACAAGGGCAUUGAUGCUUGGCAGAGGAGGAGGGUGCGCGUCUUUGCAGCGCUCGCCAUAAUUUUCGGGGUUGCACAUAUUAUCGUCGUGGCCAGCUCUGGGUCGCUCAAAGACCGAAAACCCCCAGUUGGUAUUCCCGAAAACCCGACAACUCCCGCAUUGCUGUACUCUCCUUUCGUACAUUUUGCGCUUUCGGUCCUUCGCCUGCUUAUUAUUUUGCCACUAUAUCCCGCUCUUUCCCAUCCUUAUCAUUCAUAUGUCCCAUCUGACAUAUUGCGCACCCAGCAAGCCGUAGAGCAGGAAAACGCGACUAACGGCAAUUCGCUCCUCGUUCCGGCCGACACACCGUUUGAAGCCUGCAGCGGCCUAGAUGCUCCGAAGCCUCAAUAUGGCACAUUCACGAACGUAACGCGGCAGCCAUCUACGUUGACGACCCGUACAUCCACGCCCGCACCAUCCGACCACCCGGUUCCCAAAAACCCUCUUCCAAAAGGGCCAGAUCCCAAAGCUGAAAUCAACCUCGACCCGUCAUGGAGUGAGAUGUGGCACCGCAUCCGUCGUCUCUUCCCUUACCUUUGGCCUCGACAUGAACUCAAGCUCGAGGCCCUUGCCUUCUUCUGUGUUCUCCUUCUGGUUGCGGGGCGUUUUAUCACUUUCUUUGUACCUGCAACUUUGAAGAAGCUCGUGGAAAUCUUCGAACAGCAAGGACAGACUUCCAGACCUAGUCCUUGGGGCUUUUUACUCCUGUACGCUGGAUUACGAUUCCUGCAAGGGUCGGGCGGAUUGGCGGCUCUUCGUGAUGUUGCAUGGACUCCGGUUAUGCAAUACUCUGACAGACACAUGUCACAGUUGGCGUUCGACCAUCUCUUGGGUCUAUCUUUGGCGUUCCAUAUCCGCAAGAAAACCGGGGAAAUCCUCCGCAUUCUGGACCGUGGUGCUGCGAUCAAUCGAGUUUUCGAGCUCAUUUUGUUCAGCGUGGCCCCAACCAUUAUUGACAUCAUUGUCGCUCUCGCCGUUUUUGUCCAUUUCUUCAAUUGGACUCUCAGUGCCGUGGUGUUCGGAGUGACCCUUGCGUACAUUACGGCAUCUAUUGCUAUCACUUCGUGGCGAACCAAAAUUCGUCGCCAAAUGAACGAGCGUGAUGUGAUCACUCGGGGCAUUCACACCGAUUGCCUACUCAACUAUGAGACCGUCAAGUAUUUCAAUGGCGAGAUGCACGAAGGCGAGCGAUAUAAGGAAGCUAUCCGGAACUAUCAAGUUCUGGAGUUUAAAGCCAUAACCGCUAUCCACCUGCUCAACUUGGUCCAGAACUUUAUUAUCACGUUUGGAUUACUUAUUGGUAGCCUCCUUGUUGCUGCCGAGAUCGUGAAUGGUCGCAAGUACACCAGCGACUUCGUCUUCUUCAUUACCUACCUUGCUCAGUUCUAUGGGCCAUUGAACAAUCUUGGCUACAUUUACCGUUCUAUCAAUUCAGCUCUAGUUGAUACUGAGCGUUUGUUGAAGCUUCUAGAUGAACCUACCGACGUCAAUGAUAAACCCGGUGCACAUGAUUUGAUAGUGACCAAUGGAGAAAUUGAAUUCCGCAAUGUCUCCUUCACUUACGAUGACAGGACGACCGCUCUCAAUAAUGUAUCCUUCAAGGUCCCGAAGGGAUCCUCAGUUGCUUUGGUUGGUGAAUCCGGUUCUGGAAAGAGCACUAUUUUGCGGCUCCUAUAUCGCUUCUACGAUCUUAAAGAGGGUCAAGGCUCUAUUCUCAUCGACGGCCAGAAUAUCCAAGACAUUACUCAGGCAAGUCUUCGACGUGCAAUUGGUGUUGUGCCACAGGACAGUGUUCUGUUCAAUGACACCAUUGCUUACAACAUUCGAUAUGGCAAAUUUGAAGCGACUCAGGAAGAGAUUGAAUAUGCGGCGCAGGCUGCCCAGAUGCAUGAGCGGAUUUUGAGCUUCCCCGAUGGAUAUGAAACCAAAGUCGGGGAGCGUGGUGUUCGGCUGUCCGGAGGAGAGAAGCAACGCGUAUCCAUUGCGAGGACGUUCUUAAAGAACGCCCCAAUACUUUUACUUGAUGAAGCAACCUCGGCCCUCGAUACUACCACCGAGAAGGAUAUUCAGAAGGCUCUCCAUAAUCUCGUGACUGGUCGCUCCUCGUUGUCGAUUGCCCAUCGACUUUCGACGAUUGUUAGUUCGGACGUCAUCUUGGUUCUUAAAGAUGGCGAGAUUGCGGAAAGAGGGAACCACGGCGAGCUACUUCAGGCUAACGGUAUCUUCGCGCGCAUGUGGGCAGAACAGAUCAAGGUCGACCAUAGUGAAGACCUGAUUCACUUGAACGAAACGGAGCAGCAAGCUGACGGCUAUAUCGUGCCGGAAGAAGCUCAGGUUGAACCCUUGGAGGCACCGGUCGAGCCUGAGCCAUUCGCCGAGCCAUCCGCCAUCAAGGAGAUUGAACAGGUUGACCAGCCUAGGGAGGACAUUGCCUCAUCACCAAAGAGCACGACGGAAUUCAUUCGCGAGGAGCUAGAACCACCCAAGGUGACCCCCGAGAUCUCCGAAGCGCCAAAGGAUGAAGAGUCGAAGCAAGAACUUAUUGCUGAAGGUCUUUCAUCUGGGGGUGCUGCUGCCACCGAGCCAGUCAUCGAGUCGCCUGUUGCAUCCCCAUUUUCUGCCCCAGUCGCAUUCCCUGUCAGUGAUGACGCUUCUAGUGUCAAAGUUACAGACUCUCCGGCCCUCGAACCCGCCAGACCCUCCCUUGAACCCGACGCCGCAUCUAUUUCCGCCGUGCAGUCCCCUGGGAUUAAAUUUGCGCAGACUGAAUCGCCCCGCACGGGCACCCCUGAGCCUACCGAUGAAGGCAAGCGUCGACGUGUCUCGUCACAAAAUUUCCAGAAGAUUGCUCGAAGAAUUUCGCUUGGAGGUAAAAAGGGAGGUCAACAAGCUGCUGACGCUGCUCGUGCCGUUGCGCGCGCCCUGACUGGGGGUGGAGGAGACCCGUCUUCUCGCCCAGAAUCGCCCACCCCCAGGGAAACACUCGCCACCCGCAUGGGCUUCAGGCGCGCUGGUUCGAAGGAUGACAGUAGUCAACGAGAGGGAAGUGUUCGCGACAGUGGAAGCUUCGUAGCCGAUGAUUCCCCAACGUCCUCACUCGAGCCUUCAAAGACCAAGAAGAAUAAGUCGAAUAAGGGCAAGAAGUGAAUUCUCAUGGAUGAUCGAGGUUAAUAAGAUUCGGAUAUCUACUGUUAUAUUUUCUACCCACCCAUCCACGCCGGCGCCCUUCAAACAGGUGUGACAUUCUAUUUCAAGCCUCCCUUCCCUGUCCUGUUUCCUUUGUCCCUGAAGACUGUUUAGUCUGAAUGAUCUACGUCCUAUCUCACGCGUUAUGAUUCCUCACGCCCUUCAUGCCAUACCAUGUUGAUACCUCAUUUCAAUCGAUUGGUUUGCCUCGCGAAUAAAUUAGGCCAGCUGCUCUG